UUAAAAAAAACGUCUCGACGCUGCGCUGUCAAAUCAAAGGAGAAGCAAGGAGGUUUUCAGACGGCUUGUUCUUUACAUUUUCAUUCCUUCGCAACCAUGGCUAGCGCCGAACCAGUAUCGACAUACACUGAGGAGCAAAUGGCUUCAGAUGAUGUCUCCAAAAAGGACAUCGUCACGUUUCUGCAAGAGAAUGGCAGAGAGAAAUUCCUGCGUGACAACAAAGUGUUUGGCAAGGUGGCAAGCAUUGCUAAGGGAAGCAAGAAGGACCACUUGAUUUCUGUCUACAAGAAAAUGUUCGAAACAAAGGCGUUCAAGGGCACCGAAGGUGAGGGUGAUGCUGUGGAGGAGAUGACUGCGAAGGCAGCUGCAGUCACAGUUACUGAAGAGGCACCGGCUGCUGCACCAGAGAAAAUCCGAUACACCAAACAGACCACUAAGAAAGGCUCUACGACCAAGGUGAGGAAGGGAGACUUGGUUGGAUGCAACUACACCGGCACUCUAGAGGAUGGCACCGUCUUUGACACCAACAUUGCAACAAGUAAGAAGAAGAAGAAGGAUGCUGGUCCUCUGAAGUUCCGUGUGGGCCAAGGCAGGGUCAUUCGUGGUUGGGAUGAAGCACUUCAGACGAUGACGGUCGGAGAGAAAGCAAAAAUCACAAUUGAGCCUGAAUGGGCUUACGGCAGGAAGGGCUUGGACGGAAAGAUUCCACCGAAUUCAACAUUGAUAUUUGAGGUCGAAGUGGUCAGUGCGGAGUAGACUGUUGACUGGACCCCUGUUGUUUUCCUCACUGCCUCAGUCUUUGGCCAGCCACCUAGUUGAGUACUACCAGUACAUGUCGGUCUCAGCACAGAGAUUAGCCAGGCGCUUUGGUUCCUACAGGUUACUCCACAUGCUGCUUAUUGGUGUCAUGGUGACCUCUCCCCUGCUCAACCACACCAACAGCCUAUAUGCAAUCGUGUUGUUUGCAUUCCCACAACGUUGAAGCUUCUCUGGCUUUUCCGCGCAUUAUGCGUGCUCUUCUUUAGGAAUUUGUUGGCAGAGCUCAAGUGCGGCCUCCCCAUGCCCUGAAGUUUGUCAUUCGGGGCUUGGCAUUUUGGUUUGGCCGUGUACUCUUUUCAGUAUUUUGUAUCUCCUGUGCUCCGAGUUGAGAAUCGUCAAGGCUAUUCGCUUUUACUUUGGACUAGUGAUAAAUACCAUACCAUUCUGAAGGAGUCUGUUUCCCUACGGUA